ACCUUUUUUGCUUUCCUGACAACAUGUUUAUGUAUUAGUUAAAUUUUUGUAUUGUAAUACUAAAGUUUACUCUUUUCCAUUCAAAACUGCUGUUGUCGAAAUAAAAAUCAAAUCAAAUCAAAUCAGAUUUAAAAACUUAUUUUACAGUGGAAUAUAUUAGUUUUUGGAAAGGUUUGACAUCACGUAUAAUUGUUGUAACAAAAACAAUUAAAAAUAUGAUAAAGGUCAUGCAUUUAUUAGAUGCUAUUAAUUUAGAUUAUUUUAUUGUUAUUAAUAAAUUUAACGCUGUACCAUUAGACGAACGAGAAAUAAUGAAAGGAAGAAUAAAACAAGAAAUAGUUGAUAAUAAUGUUAAACUUGUUAAAAAUAUUUAUUUUGUUAAUGCAUUACACACAGAGCAAUUUCCAGAUUGGUCAAGAUUAGUUAUGGAUUUAAAUAUAACUAAUGAAAAUGUUACACCACAAGCAGAACAAAAGACAACAGAUAAAAAAGACCUAUGA